AUGACACGACUCCUACACCAUCACCAGCUCCAGGGCUCACAGGAGAAGAAGCUCAACUGGUGGAACAGCUCAGAAAGGUUCUCCAUCAUCUUCUCAAACAUCGAGUCUCGGCUGAAAGUAUCUUUGCCUAGCGACCUGGGGGUGGCGCUGACGGACGGGGUGGUGCUGUGCCAUCUGGCCAAUCACGUGCGACCUCGUUCAGUACCCAGCAUCCACGUGCCCUCGCCUGCGGUGCCCAAACUGACCAUGGCCAAAUGUCGACGGAACGUAGAGAACUUCCUGGAGGCGUGCCGUAAAAUCGGCGUCCCUCAGGGAAGCUUGUGUUCGGUUGCCGAGGUGUUGGAGGGCAAAGCAACGUGUUUAUACAGAUUGAUUGAAGCUUUGCUCUCACUAGCGCCCCCUAUGCACCCAUCACCUCCAUCCCAACUGACCGGCUUUGCCCUGUUUUACCUGUCCUUCAUGUCUCUGUUGUGUGCACUGUACUGCCACCUAGUGCCCUGUUUCUAAUCAGCACUCAUACACUUACAGUGUGUGUCUAAUCCACUGGGGGGGGGGAAACGGAACGAUUGUGUUUACCGUCAGCACUAAUCAACCAGACAAUCGCGGUUAUCUUUCCCUACACAGUCCCUUCGAGGUUUAACUAUAAAAAGCACACAGUCAAGCCAUAAAGCGCAUCUUAUUGGAUCAUUUUAUUAAUUACAGACGGCUGAUUUUUGUCUGAGUCUCAUGUCAAGAGCUGUUUUUUUUUUUACUGUUUGUUGAACAUUGUAGACUCAGACAUUUGGAAAUUAUUUGUAUCAGGAAUUUCCCCGAAGCCUGGCUCACUGGAAAACUUCUCACUGCUCAUUGGAAGUAGCCAUAAGUUCAUUAAGCCGACAAGUGCCCCUGUUUGCAUCCAAACAUUCUACAAUUUUUCUCUCCAAAGAGUGGACUUGUUGAACUCUUUGAUGAGAAACGCUGCUGUUAUUUCUGAGCUUUUCAAUCGCCUGCUUUUUUUGGUGGUGUGCAUUUCUGAGCAUACAGUUAUGAUUGUCUUUAAUCUGCAAUAAUGUAUUCUGAAAUCGAGGCCUUUUUGUUUUGAUGAUAAAAAGGAAAUGAUGUUGAAAUAAGGUAUCUGUAACUUUGUAAGUUAUUAAGAUAGCUAGAAUAUAGCUUUGAGAAAAUAAAGGUCAGGGUUUUUGUAUGUGAGGUGAUCCGAAACCUUAUGUUCAGGUACGAUAACCGGUGUUUUUUUUUUUUCUCUCUUCAAAGAUCAUCUGCAGGAUAAUCGGAAAGUCAUGUAAAUGUAAUGUAAAUAAUAAAUAUAAGUAAAAAAAAUAUAGAGCUCUCUGUGCAGCGCACAGUCUCGCAUGUAAAAACGGCACGUGGUGUUAGUGAUUCGCCUCUAGAGGCCGCUCUCGUAAUGACGGUGGACCGGAACCCGGAAAAACUAUCGGUAUGGAUUUUUUUAAUUGCCAAUGGUGGCCCUAUUAAGGGCAAUAAGUUCACAUUGGCAAGUUCCUCAAGGUUCACCUCCCUUACGAUCGCAGGGUUGAAGUCAAGCAGGAGCUUGCAAAUGAAGCACUUUGUUUAUCGGACAUUCUACAUGUCUCUAUGGUCUUGAGGAAAAGAUCGAGGGUUUGUUGAACCUUGGAGUGGAGUUGCUGCUUGUUGAGAUGGUUUAAGAUCAGGCAGGUCCAAAUGGAUUGUAAAGGCAGAACCUAGAAGCCACUGCAGAUAAUAUGUAGAGAUAGAAGUCUGGUCUUCGCCAAUUAGCACCAUGAUGAUCUCCAUCUAUUUAAAGCAACUAUGGUCUUUCACAUAAAGAAGUAUUUGGAGUGCAGUACUUGAGCUUGUUGAAAGAGGACUUCAGCCAAAAAAUGUUCAGGAAGCAUUGGUUUAAACAAUUUUGUGUGUGUGUGUGUGUGUGUGUGUGUGUGUGUGUGUGUGUGUGUGUGUGUGUGUGUGUGUGUGUGUGUGUGUGUGUGUGUGUGUGUGUGUGUGUGGUUUUAUACGCUGUUGCCUAAAGUUCUAAAACUCCUUUACGUUCAUGCUUCUUCAAAACUUUUACAAUAAAAUUGAAUCCUUGUCUUUCACUGUUUCUGGUUCUCUUUGAUGCUCCGAAUCCCCAUCCAGCAGUUCUAAACUCAUCAUGGAAUUAUUCUGCAGAUCGUUACAUCGGGACAGUAAGAGUAUUAGACGUGACGCACGUGAAGUCAGAUCAGAUCUAGAAAAUUGAGCUUUUUUGUUGUUGUAAAAACAGAGGUGUGCUGAGAACAUGGCUUUGUAAGGAAGGUAAUGAUAGGACACUAUUUGCAAAAGUAUUUGGACACCUGACAUUCCAAACAUGUGAUUCUUCCUUAAACUCAAAGCCUGUUCCAGCAUGACGAUGCUCCUGUGUACAAAACCAGCUCCAUUAAGAUCUUUGGGAUCAGACAACCUUUGGGAACGUUGACUGAACCCCAGGCCUCGUCACCUUCUCGCUUACAUCAGCACCUGACUUUACUAACACACUUGUAGCUGAAUGAAGCUCCACCAUCUCCACAAAAUCUAGUGGAACAUCAUCUCAGAAGAGUGGAGGUUAUUAUAAGAGCAAAUGUCCACAAUCAGGUGUCUCUAUAGUAUAUAUAUCACACACUCAUUCAGUAUAAAUACAAACCAAUGAAAACAUUUACGCCUCUCAUCCAUCAAGUUCAGAAUGAUUGACACGUGCGUUAGGUGUUUUGUAGUCUCUGAUAUAGAGUCUAUAUAUGUAUAGAGUCACGCUUCAGAACAUCCGCAUCUUCUCCGAUUCCUGAUCCGCUUCUCGUCUAUUCCAUCCUGGGUUUUACUCAGCUUUCUUUUUCCUCCUAUUCGUUCAUCUCUCACUCCAUUCUUAAUUUUAUACAAUUCUACUCUUAUGUUUGACAUUUUAAUUUUGUUAUCAUUUAUUUUAUUUGAGACUUUUCAUUUUUAUCAUUAUCCAUUGACACGCCCCUUUUUCGUUUUGUUCCCAUCUCUCUCUCUCUCU